UGCUCUCGCUGACAGCCGGGAGCUGAAGCUGGCGGCUGUUUGCCAGCUAACGAAGUGAGAACUAUGCGCUCACUCGUCGGGCUAAUCGCUGUAAUUGCUGCAGCCAGCUUGUACCUGUAUUCACUGUCCCUGUACCUGCCGAGUGGACCCCGACGACGUCCUCAUUCAGCUCACGAAAUAGGACAUGUGGACACAGCAGAGUCCGAGCCGCCCCCUGACAGCGCUGAAGAAGCCAGCAGGUUGAAGUUCCCUUCAGAUUUGGAGGAGCUGAGGGAACUGGCUGAGCUCUUGCAGUUUUACAAGACAGAGCACACUGGAUAUGUCCUGUUACUCUUCUGUAGUGCAUAUCUGUACAAGCAGUCCUUUGCCAUUCCUGGAUCCUCGUUCCUGAACAUUCUUGCAGGAGCUAUAUUUGGACCAUAUGAAGGACUGCUGCUAGCCUGUGUGCUCACCACUGUGGGCUCCACCAUGUGCUACCUCCUGUCCCAGGCCUUCGGAAAACGCUACAUUGUGAACCUCUUCCCUGAUAAAGUCUCCACGCUACAGAGGAAGGUUGAGGAGAACCAGGACUGUCUGUUCUUCUUUCUACUCUUCCUGAGAUUUUUUCCCAUGACACCCAACUGGUUUCUCAACAUGUCUGCCCCGAUUGUAAACAUCCCCAUCACCUUCUUCUUCUGCUCAGUCUUCAUUGGUCUCCUGCCGUACAACUUCAUCUGUGUCCAGACAGGCGUCAUGCUCUCUGAGGUAUCGUCACUGGAUGACUUGUUCUCCUGGGAGCGGCUGCUGCAGUUGCUGGCCAUCGCCUGCAUGGCUCUGCUUCCCGGCGCUCUCAUCCGCCGCUACAGUCAGAGGCGUCUCAAGCUGGAUGACCAGUCAAAGAACGGGCUCAUCACAGAUAAGAAGGUCCAGUGAUUUGUUCUGGAAAGGAGUUUGUUCCUCUGUGUUUUGUGCGACAGCCUCUUUUAUCUGCUUUAUUUUUCCACAACCACCUGGACAUGGAAAAGGGAUUGUAACUUUAAAAAAAAAAAUGAUGAGACUGUGAACAGUCAAACUUGAGUUUGCUGUGCUACCAAAUGUUGGUGUUUCUGUAGCACAACCUAUGUGGGCACAGCAUACACAGUAUAUCUAUAUACAUGUAUGAAUGUACAGUGAUCAUAUGGAAAGAGGGAAGGAUUUUAAGGAGAUGCCGCUCUUUCACUCUUGUUAAACAGUGCGAGUACUUCUUGAGUGGAAACAGCCAGUGUUCAAAGUGCCUGUGAUGCAGUUUUAGAAUCAAACGUCUACCUCCGGCACAGACAAGUGGAAAAAAUUCAUGUAAAUGUUACCCAUGUUUGUAGAGGCUGGAUGGUUCAGAUGAUUGUUUUUGUUGAGUUUGUGUAAAUUAUUUCCUUUGUAACUGAAAUACUGGUUAUGUUUGCAGCAUAUACUAUACAACACAAUGUUGUAUUUUGCUUGUUUGACAAUCACAUCCUGCAAUUUCAGUAUAAAUUGAAACAAAGUAUAUACAGCAGUUUUUACUAUUUUUCAACUAUGAAUUGUAUGUUUUUCAAAUUGUACAGUGUAAUUUAGAGACCAUGAUUUAAUGUCUUGAUAUUAAUCAGCUGGGUUCUUAUUUGAAAGUGAAUGUGCUGUUAAUUCAGGCAGUGUGAGGCCUCUGUGAAAUCAAGCCUUAAUGUUGCUUUAGAACCCUUUUUUUACUGCCUCCUUUUAUGUGUCCAUGUGUCUUGAACCAUAUCCUGGUCUACAGCAUCUGUGCUGCAUAAAGUGUUAUUUUAAAACUCCUUCUUCAUGUGGGUUAAGGUGUAAAAUGUUGUGUAUGCAAUUCUGUUUUACCAGAGAUGUAAAUUCAUAUGAAAGACCAGUGUGUAGGAUUUGGUGUCAUCUCGCGGUUAAGUUUCAGAUUGCAACUGCAUACCUCUCCUUUCAUCCCUUUCUUUCCAAAUCCAAAAAUAAAAAAAUACACAAAAGGCUUGUCUUUAGACCCAGUGUUUAGUUUGUCUUUUCUGGGCUACUGUAGAAACAUGAUGGUGCAACAUGAUGGGCUUUGUGUAAGGGGACCAGCUCCCUAUGUAGCUGAUUCCAAGCUAACUAAAACACAAUGAUUUAAUCACCUGAAAUUAUGAAAACAUAAAUAUUUUGUUUCAUUUGACCCACUAGAGCCAAUAAAUCCUACAGACUGGUCCUUUAAAUAUAAUGUAAAUCACAGUUUGUCUGAGACGUUUAUGGUAUCUUUAUUCCAAAGGUGGAAAAAAAAGCUUUGAAAUAAUAAAACAGUAAACAUAUGAA